AUGAUUGUAAAAGCUUCUGAUCAUUUCUUUAUCUUUUUCUUUUUGUAUUUGUUUUCCAUUCCUUCUCUCUCAUCAGGAACUAAUGCUUAUAAUAUUUUAGCUGUGAAUCAAUCUCUCACUGGGAACCAGACCCUUGUCUCUCCUGCAGAAAAUUUUGAAUUGGGUUUCUUUAAACCAGGUCAGUCUCCCAACUAUUACAUAGGAAUUUGGUACAUGAAAGUCAAAACAAGAACCAUAGUCUGGGUAGCAAAUAGAGAGACACCCAUCUCCGAUGCAUUCUCUUCUAAAUUACAAAUUCUCAAUGGUAACUUAGUGCUCUUAAACGAGUCAAACACCCAAAUUUGGUCUACAAAUAUAACCCCUACACCUACACCCACACCCACACCUUCUGCAUUAUCAGUAGUUCUUCUUGAUGAUGGUAAUUUAGUUUUGAGAUAUAAUUCAAGUUCAAGUUCAAGUUCAAUCACACCAAUUUGGCAAAGUUUCGAUCAUCCAACCAAUACUUUCUUGCCUGGUGGCAAGUUGGGAUACAACAAGCGUACAAACACAAAGCAGAUUAUCACUUCAUGGAAAAGUACAGAAGAUCCUUCAAUGGGUCCCUUUUCUUUAGAGGUUGACCAAGAUGAGAAACACUACGUUGACAAUGAAAACGAGAGUUAUUUUACAUAUUCUUUAUAUAAUGACUCACUUAUUUCUAGAUUCUUCAUGGACGUCUCUGGGCAGAUUCAACAGCAGACAUACUUGGAAAGUCUGGAACAGUGGAAUCUAUUUUGGACCCAACCAAGAUCACAAUGUCAGAUAUAUGCUUUUUGUGGGCCAUUUGGUAUUUGUAGUCAAGCGGGAUUACCUUUCUGUAGUUGCUUGACUGCUUUUGUGCCUAAAUCACUGAAUGAUUGGAAUCUGAGUGAUUUCUCUGGUGGGUGUGUCAGAAGAACGGAAUUCAAUUGUGGAAUUAAGGAAGAAAAACCUGCAUUCAUUGAAGGUUAUGUCCCAGUCAGUUAUCUUUCCACAUUUCUUGAAACUGAAACUCCGGAAUCUGAAACUCCAGAAUCGGAAUUGGAUGAGUCCGCAUGCAGAAGAUCUUGCUUGGAUGACUGCAGUUGUGAUGCGUAUAGUUUUAUCUUGAAAAUAUGUCGACUUUGGAACAGUGAAAAACUGAGUAAUAUAUCACUUCUGUUUGUUUCUGGUGAUGCUAAUAGUAGGACAUUUCCUGUCAACAUUAAAGUUUCUUCAUCAGAUCUUCCGAACAGUAGUACAAAAAUCAAGACCAAAGUGCUAGUAGCAGGAAUCGUUUCAGGGUUUUGUGGUCUUGUGUUUCUUUGCAGCAUUGGCAUUGUAUUCUACAGAAGGAUGAAAACAAAAGGAAGCAGAGAUAAUGGGGAAAAUUUUGAACGUGAGUUUCAAGAAAAUGGAAGAAAUGUUAGAUAUUUAGUUGAUCCAGGGAUAUUGAGUGCAGAAGAUAGAAAAGGAAUUGAUGUGCCUUUCAUUGAAUUCAAAACCAUUUUAUCUGCUACCGACUAUUUUUCUUUAGCAAAUAAACUUGGACAAGGGGAAUUUGGGCCUGUUUACAAGGGAAUACUUCCUGGAUUAGGUGAAGUAGCAGUGAAAAGGUUGGCAAGCCAAUCUGGACAAGGGCUCAAGGAGUUCCAAAAUGAAGUGUUGUUAAUUGGGAAACUUCAACAUCGUAAUCUUGUUAGGCUCUUAGGUUACAGCAUGAAGGAUCAUGAAAUGAUACUGCUCUAUGAAUACAUGCAUAAUAAAAGCUUGGACCGUUUCAUCUUUGAUAGGACGCUUUCUAUGUGUCUUGGUUGGGAUUUACGGUUUGAUAUCAUCAUGGGGAUUGCUCGAGGACUUUUGUAUCUUCACCAAGAUUCACGGUUAAGGAUUAUUCAUAGAGAUUUGAAAGCAAGCAAUGUGUUAUUAGAUGAAGAUAUGAAUCCCAAGAUUUCGGAAUUUGGCUUGGCAAGGAUAGUUAAAGGCCGAGAAACCGAAGAUAAUACAACUAGAGUUGUUGGAACCUAUGGUUAUAUGUCUCCCGAAUACGCGCUAGACGGAUUUUUCUCGGUAAAAUCCGAUGUUUUUAGCUUUGGGGUAGUAAUACUUGAGAUUAUAAGUGGGAAAAGAAACACGGGUUAUUAUCAUAAUCAACAAGCCUUUAGCCUUAUAUCCUAUGCAUGGGGUUUGUGGAAAUCGAAAAGGCCAUUGGAAUUAGUGGAUCUGGCAUUAGUGGAAACAUGCAAUUCCAUUGAAGUGUUGAGAUGUAUGAUUGUUGGGCUUUUGUGCAUACAAGAAGACCCUAAAGAUCGACCAACAAUGGUGAAUGUGGUUUUAAUGUUGGGUAUGGAUAUUGAGAGCCUCCCGAACCCAAAAGAACCUGCUUUUGUGUCAAAAAGAAGUAUCGAUCGGUUGCCAUUGACUUCAAGUAAAUCGGAGAUUAAUCAAUUGACCAUUACUCAAGAAGAAGGCCGAUAGAAAAAGUGGAAUCUUUUUCAUUUUUUGUUUUAUAAAAUAAAAAACAUAUUCAAAUUCAAACUAAAAAAAAUUGAUGUAAAUAAGAGCUGGAUUUAA